AUGGUUGUGCGCGCGAAAGUAAUCCCAGUCAGGAUAUCAUCAUUCGCCUGCUGGUCAAACUCAGCAGCGCCUGCCUGCAUUUGUCCCUGGGCUCCGGCCCCCGCCUCCCUCCCUGGUAUGUUCGAGAGAGCCUACUUAGUGGCGGCAAGCAGCAGCCGUUUCACACUUCUGUUCGUACGUGCUCCAAUAUUGCAAUCCCACUCGGCAGUACUACCUGCCUGUGUGUGCAGGUAG